CAAUGUGCCUACAAAAUCCAUACUCCGCGCCACAGAGUUACACACGGUUUGGUUUCAACCACUCUUUCCGCUACCAAGAUGAAAUCAAUCUGGCUAUCGCAACUCGUACCAGUCAUCACCUUGUUUCACACAGUGUGUGUUCGAGGUGAUGGCAAGGGUAUGAUCGGGUUUGGCAUCACUAUGUAUGAUCCACCCUGCGCUCACGCUUGUCGCAAUGUCAUCAAGUCAUGUCGAUUGAGUUGUACGCCAGAAGACACUACAGCAAAUCACGGAACAAGCCACCAGCCGAUUGCAACCCCAGCGAAAUGCUUUACCACGGACCCGACAUUUUUGAGAACUAUGGCACUAUGCAUUGACACUUACUGCCCAAUCAGCGACGACCCAUCCCUCGAUGUUAUCCACGAUUUUUGGGCGUCGCAUCUUGGUCCGGGUACCGUUGGCGAUUAUUCCAACGUACCAACUGCGUCGUAUGAAGAUGCACUGCAAGCUGCGCGAGGAGACGAAACUCGUUUGAAAAACAAUGGGAGCAUGCAACACCGCGAGGGCCACCACCGCCGCCUCAAAGUUCGCCAUGGUGGUCACGGCGAAGAAGAGGAAGAUUCUACUGGUGAUAUAGGGAUUCUUGAUGUAUCCAGUUCCCUUCCAAUUAUUGAAGGUGGUGAUCCUUUGAAUGUCACUAGUUUCAUCGACCCCGAGGAAUGGCGAGUCUGGUACAAUGGGCUGGUUAAUUUUGAAGAAAACGAGAUAGGACACGUUCAAUAUAGUCUCAUCAUUACCCUUGUAGCGAUACUUCUUCCGAUAUUGAUUGCCGCAUUCACAUGGAUUCCCGGUCUCACCAGGAGUCGCCCAUGGCUCUACGUCCAGACACGCCUCGUAUAUCCUGCCAUAUUCAAAGGCUACCAUCGCGUUCCUGUCGCCGGGGAAAUACAACCGAAUCGCGGCCAAGCCCUCUUCAUCAUACUUCUCAGUAUCUUGAACAUAAUCUUCCUCGUCGCGCCGUACAUCAUUCGCCAACCACAACACAACUUUCCCUCAAGGGACGAACAGGAACUGAGCAUCAUCGGUAACCGCUCCGGUGUUCUAGCCAUGGGCAAUGCAGUGGCACUAUUUCUUUUCGCAACAAGAAAUAAUCCCCUUCUAUACCUUACAGGCUGGAGUCACGGGACAUACCUUCUACUACACCGCUGGCUUGGCUACUGGACUUUAUUCCACACGGUUCUUCACUCAGUCAUGCUUCUAGCGUACUACAAGACCUAUGGCACGUAUUCGAAGGAGAUCGUCCGUGAGUAUUGGAUCUGGGGUAUUGUUGCGACCGUCGCAGCUGUGGCUAUCUUGCCCACUUCUCUUUUGGCUGUGCGACAAAGAUUCUACGAGAUAUUUCUUGCGUCCCAUGUGGUUCUGUCUUUGAUCUUUCUGAUUGGGUACUAUUACCACAUUUGGUUCUGCUAUCAACACCGAUGGGGUUACGAGAUCUGGGCGUAUAUUGCUGGGGGAGUAUGGGGAACAGAUCGCGUCAUCCGACUAUGCAUGGUAGCGAUCCGUAGAAAACGAACCGCAGUGAUCUCUUUCGUUCCAGACACCGACAAUGAAUAUCUCCGCAUCGAUGUCGAAGGGGUCUCCGUCGCCGAUGGUACAGUAUACCUCUACUUCCCAUCACUUGGAUGGAGGUUCUGGGAAAACCAUCCUUUUACCACUGCGCUUGCCGCCCAGAGUGAUGACGAAGCUCCGGCUACAGUAGAUGAGAAGACUGGAACAGCUACUGCGACAGCAUCAAGCACCUCAACCUCGUCAUCUUCGUCUCCGAUGCGACACACUACGACGUUCUUCGCCCGCACUCGCACUGGUAUGACGUCGAGUCUUUCAGCACGUGUGUUGAAGAGUGAGUCAGCUCGUCUCAGUAUACUAAUGGAGGGCCCUUACAAACACUCCGGAGCUGCAUCGAAGCUAUCCCAUUGCAGCAGUAUCCUUUGUAUCGCCGGUGGUAUCGGUAUAACAGCUCAGCUGCCCUAUCUACGUCACGUCCCGUCUGACGUGCCCACAAAACUCUACUGGUCGACUCGAAAAGCUGGCCUCGUCAACGCUAUAGCUCCAGCUCUCCAAAAGCUCCCGUCAAAUGUUGAAGUCGAGACUCUGGUUUCUGCACGCGUAGAUAUAGACGCGAUACUAGAAAAAGAACUAAGUAUUGGAGUGGAUGCCUACAGCGGUACCUUGGGAAUUGUUGUUUGCGGGCCUCCGGAGAUGGCGGAUAGGGUGCGACAGAAGUCGGUGCAAAUUGCGCAGGAUAUUGCGAAUAAGCGCGAUUUCGUACUCGUCGACGAGGUCUUUUCUUGGUAG